AUGAAGGCAUUUAUCCGGAAACUGCGCAGGGAACGGAGCCGUGAACGAGCAGGAGCAGGAGGGGGAGAAGACGAGGAGAAGUUGCCUCCCCCUCCGCCCCCCAAGACCACCCGCCCAGACGACUCGUGGUUGAAGCAUGUGUCCGCCCCGGCCCUCUCCCUGCCGCCAUUGCUCCCCCCGACACCCCCCAGCAUCCCCCUUCCUGCCACCGCGACCCCGACACCCACUGCGACACCGCCUGCUGUCACCCCAAUACCGACUCCGACCCCGCCUCCUGCCCAACAACGAGCAGCAUCACCACCGCCAACACACACCCAAACACACUCAACAGCAUCGUCCAGGCCCUCGCAGCAGAGUGAACACGGCCCCGACUCGGCAGCUCGGCGGAAAGUAGCGUUCAGGUCUCCCCCUCCGACACCUGGCACCAUCCCCGUCCCCCUGCCAGAGCCCGAGUCUGAGCAGAUCCAGAUCCCCCCGCCCCAGCCUUCCCACAGCCAAUCACACUCCCAGUCACCACAGCCCCAGACGACAACAACAACAUACUACCGUAUCCGGCCAAACAGCGCUGCUCGCUUCCGUGAAGGCACCAAUACUCCUCCAAAGAUCAGCACCUCGUCGGGAAGGACCACUGCUGCAUCCGGAAGAGUCGCACACUCUCCUACCCAGUCCACACGCACAUAUCCCAACGAGGCAGCCAGCAUGACAAUCCGCAGCGGCACCCCCUAUUCACACAUGUCUGGCACAAGCGCGAUUCAGGCAGCGGCGAGCUGGUCCGAGGCCGCCGAGAAUGAUCUUGUCACCAAUCUGGGAUCCAGAGAGCGCACUCGACAAGAGGUUUUAUGGGAGAUUGUUGCCAGUGAAGAGCGAUACGUGGGCGAGCUCAUCAAGCUCAAAGAAACGUUCAUCGACUCUCUAUUGCACCCCUUCGCGGCUGUCCCCCCUGCACCAUCACUCUACCACCCUGCAGACACCAAUACCAUCCUCGACGAAGAGCGCGCAUCGCUUCGACGAGCGGCUUCUCCAGCUGAAUCCCUUGAUCACCUCCCAAUAGCCGCCCGGUUCCUAUCCCCCACGCCUGGUCCUGCUUCUACUUCUACCCACCAGACCCGCGCGGAAACACCUAGGUCCAAACACCGUGCACCUACUAUAGACGACGGUGCAGACAGCUAUGAUUCGGACGACGAGGGCAAACUUCCUUCCCGUAGACGCCAGACACCCUCGGCAGGCAAGAGCCCCUACGGAACUCCCGCUCAGCGUCGGGCUGGUUCGGGCAAGGUUCCCGUCCCGUUCCCUGCUCGCUCGCACCAAUCGCUACCACCCCAACCUCGCGGUCAUACCGCGGCCGCAUCAUCACACUCGUUGGGCCGACAGUCGUUGGCCGAACACGAGUUUGACCGCAGGGGUGCCACCUCGGCACUCAAGCAGCGUUUCCAGCGCCGAGGCGGCAGUCGCGACCUACCAGCGGGCGUACUCGGGCUUGGAAUCACCGCCCAGCAGCUUCCCGAAGACUUGCGGAUAUGCCUCGAGGUGUUGGAGGAAGUCAUCCUCCCUGGUCAUCUCACACUACGUGAAGGCCUCCAGAAACGAUACGAGGAGCAAUAUCCCCUGGUCCGAAGCCUGGCCGACAUCUUUGUUGCGCAUUCACACAUCCUUCGAGGCUACGCCAAAUACGUUUUGCAUCUCGAGCGCGCACUCGAACAAGUCGACAAUGCGCUCGCCGCCGCCAACGUGACCAAACGACCUCGGAACCAAGACGCGGCGCAAUGGACCCAGGUCUGCAAGGCUCUCCAGCGAUUGGAAGAAGUCGCUGCUGACAAGUGCGAAACUGGACUGGCCAUUUCAUUAUCCAAACCGUUUCAACGACUGCUCAAGUACCCGCUCUUGUUCCAAAACUUGCUGUUCCAGACGGAUCCGUCGACUUACGAGUAUGAGUCCACGCUCGAGAUGGUUGCCGAGGUUGAGCGCAUUGUGCGGUCGAUUGAGGAUGAAAAGACCCAAAAGGAGGAGAGGGAUCGCACGUGGGAUGUGUUUGCGAGAAUCGAGGGGAUGGACAAGGUCAAGCAAUUGGCCGUGCCUAAACCUUCUCGGUUACUGGUCAACGAGCGACCACUGCACCCCGAUCCGACAGCGCCCGACGUGAACCGCACGGUGUCCGGCCCGCCAACGACCACGCCCAACAAAAACGUCCGAGGCAAAAACUCGUUCCGCCGUCUUUCGGAUGUGCUUCAACCGGGGUCGAGCGGGUUGGGCGGGAAGAAGGAUUUCUGGCUUGUCUCGUUCAACGAUGUGGUUUUGCGGUGUCAGCGUACGGGCGUGACGACCAUGCCGCUCGUGUCUGGAGGGAGCAGGGACAAGCUCCCGGCCGCCAACGGUUCCUCGAAAAGUGCGACGGUGGGAAGGAGGGCGACUCAGGUCAAGCCUCGAAACUUGUACAAGUUCAUCAAGAUUGAGACUUGGGCCAUUGAGGAUGUCACCAAGCCGCGUGCGGGGAUCGUGUCCAUGGAGGAUAUAACAAGAACCCGCACCGGCGCAUCGAUCGACAACUCUGCGUUGAAGAACAAAGCCCCCAUACGCGAGGACGAGGAAGACGAGGACGAAGGGGCCGAAUCGGACGAAUCGGACCGAAAAUCUAAAAUGUCGUUCUCUUACUGGGGUGCAGACCGAAUCACCGUCCAGCCGACCGCACGCGGACCCAACGGCGCGCGUGUGCCAGUACGAAGAAUACCAGGCGCACCCAGCUCGUACCUACGAGACGCCCGAACCGAGUCGAGCGCCAAUGCAAAAUUUGGGACUCGACUCAGGGAAUCCGCUACGCCCGAACGGCCCUCGAGCAGGACCGGAGGAUCCGCGAGUCGCGCGGGCGCGAGACGUUCGGAGAGCGCCAAACCGGCAUGGGGCACGAUGAGCCCGAUCCCGGGUUCGCGUCGAGGAUCGGCGUCGCUUACUCCCGUCCCUCCCCCCGUCGCGUCGACUUCAACCACACCUCGCAAGCCAGCACCUAGCCCGCACCGAGCGUCGAUUCAGGAAUCGCAGUUUACCUCGCUCAGGACCGGUCUUGAACUCUUCUUUGCAACCCCUUUUAUCUUCGAUGCCAGACGGGGGAGAAAAAAAAGGAAAAGACAUUGUGUUAUCUAUUGCCCCUUGCGCUGUGUGUUUUUUUGUUUGUCUUUUCCAUUUGUUCUGUGA